AUGACGAUGGAGGAACUGCUGGGAAUCAUCGGUGUGAUGAUGAUGACGGGCUAUAGAACGACGCACAACAAGAAACAUCUGUGGUCUGCAAAGGACGACGUGUCAUCUGUGUGGGCACAGGAGCUCAUGCCUAGGAACAGGUUUCUUGAACUUCUCCAGAAUCUGCACCUGGCGGACAACAGCAACAUCAGCAAGGACAGAUACUACAAGGUACGUCCGAACUUCCAGCACUUGAACGCCGGAUUCAAGACGGCAGUUCUCACCAGAAACCUGAGCGUUGACGAGACAAUGGUACCGUACUAUGGACGGCACAGCACCAAGCAGUUCAUAAGGGGCAAACCUGUAAGAUACGGGUACAAACUGUCGUGUCUGGCAGCCUCCACCGGAUAUCUCUAUCAUGCGGAACCGUACUGUGGGGGGUUCCACCGUUGCAAGGUGUGCAACAGCCGAACCAACAUGUCCUGCGAGAAGUGCGCCGUUCCACUGCACCCAAAGUGCAUGAAGGUGUACCACACUCCAUGA